AUGAAUGACAAUAAGAGAGAGAAUUAACUAAUGUUUAAAAAUUUGACACUUUUAGGUAAAGAGUUUACUGUAACAAAGGAAUUAGUACUUUAGUUAUAAUUAAUGUAUCAAAUACUUUGGUUGACUAUUUUCGCAAUUCAAUUUUUGCAUUAGGAUUAUUGUUAAUACAAAUACAUAAAUAAUAUAAAAACAAAUAAGAUAAUUUUAAUAAUUAAUAUUUAAGCACAACAAAAUCCUAAAGUCCAAGAUAGAUAGACAAUUAAGGAUUUAUGUUGAUUGAUAAAAAAAAUUUAAAUUGUAUUUACAUGAAUGAAUACAUAAGAAGAAAAUUGAAUAAUAAUUCUUUAAAAGUAAAAAAAGUUGACUUUUCUAGUAAAUCAUAAUUAGACUUAAAGUUAAAAAAUAUUGAUUUAUUUGAAUUACUAAGUCAGUUUAAAUUAAAAAAGAUGACUUCAAUAAGGAUAUUAGAUUGUGAUAUAUUGCCAGAUCAUAUAAUAUAGAUAAAUUAGGAAGAGAAUACUGAUUUCAUAAAUAUUACAUUUUAAGAUAGUAAAGAGAGAGAUGAUUAUCUUAAGAGAUAAUAUUUGUAUUAAAUAAUGAAAUAAUUAUUUACAACAAUUUCUCAUGAAUUUGGAACUUUAUUAAAUUUUAUAUUAGCAAUUGCAUAAGUUGCAAUAGAUAAAUAUCCUUCUCAAUAGUAUUAUUAUUCAAUAAAAAAUACAUGUGAAAUAAUGCAUAAUUUUAUAUUAGACAUGGUAGAUUAUAAUGAUAUUCUUGGUAGAAAAUUUAAAUUAUAAUUGGAAUAGUUAGAUAUUUGUACAAUUUUAGAAUCAGUAAUAACAUUAUUUCAAGAGUAAUGUAGAUAGAAAUAAUUAUAAUUAGAAUAUUAAAAUCAUAUUCCAGAUGGUUGGUAAAUAAUAUCUGAUUAAAGGAGAAUUAAGUAAAUAUUGAUUCAUUUAAUAUGUAAUGCAUAAAAAUUUACAAUAAAUGGUUCUAUAAUAAUUUCAGCAAUUUAAAUUAAUGAAGAAAAUAUUUAAUUUUCUGUAUCUGAUACUGGGAUUGGAAUGAGUAAAGAUGAUGAAUAAAAUUUAAGAGAAAUGCUAAAAUAAGAUUUUAAAAGUGAACAUCAUAUUUCUGCAAAUACAGCAGGAUUUGGAUUAGGAUGUUAUUUAGCAAAUAAAUUGUGUUUGCAUUUAUCUAAUUAAUAAAGUGGCCUAUAGUUUAAAAUUAAUGAAGUAGGAACAACUUUUUGGUUUAUGGUAGCUAAUAAUAUAUUGCCUACUUCCAGUUUAAAUGGAUUGGGAAUCUAAAAAAUUAAUAAAUAUUCAUAUAUUGAUUUAAAAUAAACUUAAAUAGAUAAAAAUGCUGGAAGAAGAUUAAGUAGAAUGGGCAGUAGAGUAUCAUAGAAUUCGAUGCCAAAAGUAUUGUCUUAUAAAGGAUUAAUUGAUCCAAUAAAAGAAAAUACAGAAAGUUUGAUAAAUGAGGAAGUUAAUUCAAUAGAAAGAAAAACAAGAACUACUACUUUGAAUAGAAAUAUAAAAUAAACAUUGAAAUUUUUAAUUGUAGAUGAUGAAAUGAUUAAUAUCUUAGGAUUAUCAUUGAUUUUAAAGAGAAUGAAUAUAGACUCUGAUUAUGUUUUUAAUGGAAUUGAAUGUUUAAAAUAAAUGGAAUAAAAUAAAUAUGCUUAUUAAGGUAUUUUUAUGGAUAUCAAUAUGCCUUUAAUGAAUGGAUACGAAACAAGUAAAAAUUUAAUAUCUCUUUAUGGUAAUCAAAUUAAAAUUAUUGCAUGUACUGCUUAUACAGAUAGUGAUACAAAAUAACGAUGUUAUGAUAUUGGGAUGAGCUAUUUCUUAAAUAAACCAGUGAAUGUAAUAGAAUUAUAAAAAAUACUUAUUUAAUUUUAACAAUGA